GUUUGAGCUCAGCGGGGCGGCAGUCAGCUCCGCCAUGGGACGCGUGGAGAGAGAGGUUUGGGCACUUCCAGGUCCGAUACUUAAAGGAAUCUUGCCUCUGCUUAACAUCUACUACCUGGAGCGAAUUGAGGAGACCGCUGUGAAAAAGGGUGAGCUACUUUGCUGGAGGACAGGCGGGAAUAAAAUAGUGCUAGCAAACGGUUGUCUGCUAUCCUAGUUUCUCUCUGGUGCAUUUAAAAAGUUUAUUUUGUUCAGACUUCACCAAGUGUGCUUAAUUGUGGUUGAGACAAAUUCUUGCUCUCCAUAUUCCCAAGUGUCUGUUGCCCUGGUGUCAAUAAACUGGGUCAAGUAGUUUUUUCCCAUUCUUGACAAGGGUAAAAUGUGUUGAGCUGUAUAUCCUGUGCAUGUUUACUCUGAAGUCUGCUCUACUUAUUUCGAGGGGAUUGCUCCCAAGGAACAUCAGAAUCCUAAGUCUACUCAGAAGUAAAACUUAUUGAAUUCACUGGAGCAUAAGUGAAUGCUGGACUCUCAACCCAACCUAUAUGGUGCAAGCUCUGGUUUGACAUAAUGAAAACAAGGCCUUCUAGAUUAGAGAGCAUCAAGUGUUGGAGGAAGAAGUUCAUUGAAACUUUCUUCUCAAAUGUGCUGCGUGGCAUCCUGGAUGUGUCUUUACACCAGCGCCUCAAUGACCCUUCCUUUUUGCCCCUGCUGCACACUUCACGACAUGUUACCCAGCUUACCAUCUACAACAUGCUUGAGGGAGUGUCAGAGCUGAUGGCCAAACAUAAUCAGAGCGUCCUAGAAAACUUGGCCGUCUCCCUCACAUCCCUGACAUUCCGUCACCUCCUCUCCUCCAGUCUGUCUACUAGGCAACAGUUGAGUUUGUUCCUUCAUCGCCUAAUUCAUCAUGGGGCUGUGAACCACCUCUCUAUGUAUUCUUGGCCUGACCCUGACCCAGCACUUUUAGCCCUCAUUCUGAAAAUGAGUGCUGGGGUUUGGCACCCUGGAAAAACACUGCUGGACCAAGGAAACCUUUGCCAUCUGUGCAGAGAGAAAUGUGUUGACCAGAGCCAAAAGCUAGAUGAAGAACCUUGCGGUUCAAGGCCGCUAUUUCAGAGAUCAGAAAGUGGCCAGCAUAAUAAUAGUAAUCUGAGGAAUGAGAAACUGUUACCUAGCGUACCUCAAGAAUCUCUUCUGAGCUUUCAAGAUGCAGUAGAGUUGGCCAGAACUAGCAGUGAAACUCUAAAAGCCCCGGUGGGAUGCAGAUUGGGUUGCAAUUCUAGGCAAAGCAAAAUGCAGCAGAGCUCAUGUUCAGAAAGUUAUAGUGCUGAAGAGGGACCUGUCACUUUUAUCCCAGCAAAAACAUUUCAAGAUGUCCCUACUUUGGAAAAAUAUCAAAAGAGGCGUAAAGCUGUAAGAGCAAAAAAGCGCAGCUGCCAUCAGAGAAGCAGCAAAGUCCCUGCAGAGUCAGAGGACCUUUACGACUUUGUCUUUGCGAUUGCGAGGGAAGAGGAGGAGAAUACACCGUGUAGCGAAAGAAGGAAUGCCAAGGAGGAAGGAAGCCUUGCUAGCUGUUCCCGUCUCUCAGAAGAGGCUGCCGGUAGUUCUGGUACGGUUUGCACAGAGGGAACCCGAUCUGCCGGGAUUCCUUCUCUGAAAACAACGGGUCAUUUCCGAAGUGUGUCCACACUGGAAGUGUUCUCCAUCUCUCUGACCAGGAACACAUGCCAGAUGCUGGGGAACCUGCUGAGCUCUUGGGUGUCUUUAGAAAAACUUGUUCUGUCUUUGAAUGGCCUGGGCCCCGGCAUCUUCAGUAUCCUCUCUGGGCUCCGGGCCCUGUCUCGCCACAGCGAUUACCGCCUCCGUGUGGUGCGCAUCAGUGACAUGUUCUCGCAUGUCCCCUGCAUGAAUCUUGUUCAUGCUUUCCUGAGUGCUGUGCCUUUGCUUCAGACCCUCUUGGUCAGCUUUGAUCUCAAAACCGCAACAGAGCGGGGCAGGCCGGAAGAGAGCUGGGACUCGUCACCCUUUGAAGAAGAGAUUCCAGAGAGCCAUUUGGAACACCUUGAAAUCAGAUUCCCUAGAGAGCCUCUUCAGACAAGUCUCCUGGUGCCUGUGUUGAAGGCCUCAAGGUCUCUCCAGAGCCUCUCUCUAGACAGCGUUGCAAUUUCCUGUCCUCAAGAAGUUGGGCUUCUCCUACAGGCACUCAAAGAGUACAGUCCAAGCCUGAAGAAGCUAAGCUUUCAUGAUGUCAACCUUUCUGGCCACUCAAAAGAAGUCCUGCUGCUGCUACAGGACCCCAUUCUUCAAGAAAUCACCUUUUCAUUCUGUCGGCUGUUUGAAAACUGCACUGCUGAGCUCCUGUCCGAAAUAAUAAACGUUGUGAAGAAGAACUCAACACUGAAGAGCCUCAGACUCCCUGGAAAUAGGCUGGGAAAUCACAGGCUUGUUGCAUUGGCUGACAUUUUUUCUGAAGAUUCCUCAUCUUCCAUCUGUCAUCUGGAUUUAAGCUCGAACUGUAUCAAACCCGCUGGCCUCCUGGAGUUUGCCAAGAAGCUGGAGAAUUACAUAGCCCAACGUGGAGAACAGAUCAAAUUCACCAAGCUGUGCCUCUAUCAGAACUGGCUGGACCAAGAUACCGUAACUGCUCAAGAGGCUCUUUGGCGGCUAAAAGCUAUGUGCAGCAUAGUCAGUGACACGUGGGAUUCAUCUCAGGCCUUAGCUGACUAUAUCAGUGUGAUGUGAACUUAUCUUCUAAUAAAGCUGCCUAAUCAAUUUACCAGGAUUCAGUUUUCCUAGGCAGGCGCAACUGUAACUGGGCUUACUUGAGUACGAACAUACAUUUUUAUAAUCAGUGUCAGCUAGGGAAAAUAGUAACAGAAUGCUUAAUGGCUUAAGUGAAUUAUGGGAAAUGGGUUGCAAUAAAGUAUCAGUAUUAUAAAAGGGGUGGUACUUUUUGCCAAAGUGUAUUCAGUUGCCAUCUUCCGAUUACUUACUCCUAUAUAAGUCCCAGUGAACUCAGCACUUCUGAGGAGACAUGAACAGGAUUGCAGUGUUAUGACUUCCCCCGAACCUAAAAGGUCAAGGUUUCAGUAAUGACUACCGUGUUUCUCCAAAAGUAAGACACCGUCUUAUAUUUAUUUUUCCUCCAAAAAAACACACUAUGGCUUAUUUUCAGGGGAUGUAUUAUUUUUUCCUCCUCCUGCCACGGCUGGCACUGCUGCUGCGCCUAUCACUAUGUCUUAUUUUUGGGGUAUGGCUUAUAUUCCUUGAAUGCUUAAAAAUCCUGUUACGUCUUAUUUUAUGGCUACGUCUUAUUUUUUGAGAAACAGGGUAGGUAUGCAAAGGAAGACUGAACACUUCCAUUUAUAACAAUCACCCCUAAAACUACUGUUACAUAAGCUUCAUAGGAUGAGAUGCUGACUCAUUUAAGAGGUUGAGAGGUGAAGUCUUCCCACCAAGUUAAGCUCCACACUGCUGUACGAAGUAUUGCAGUCUACAUUUUAUUUUACUCUAUAAAAACAGGACAGUGAUAACUGGCACAUAUGUUAUCACUAUCUUUUAAAGUCAAUGCUGUGGAGAGACAAUAAAUAAGUUUAAGAUACAGAAAUACUUUGUCCCGGUACUUGUGAACUCAAUUUUCUUUAUGUGAAUCUUCUGCCUGGAGAAAAAAAAAAGGUAUCAACCAUCUGAGGUUCAAGUGAAAAAAUAGACUUCUUUCUCCCAUCUGCUUUGAUUUUGAGGUGUCCAGAUUCUAUUUACACUAGGCCUUACCUCAUUAUCAGAAUUAAAACAGAACUUUGAUUACUAUUUAACAGCAAGCAAUUCCGUUUCAAUAAAUUGUAUGUAUAUCCAU